AUGGUGGGGUCCGGAGGAAGCGGGAACGAGUCGUGGCGGGGCCGCUACUACCGCCUCGAGGAGGUGCAGAAGCACAACAACAGCCAGAGUGCCUGGUUCAUCCUGCACAACCGCAUCUACGACGUCACCAAGUUCCUCGAGGAGCACCCAGGAGGUGAAGAGGUCCUCAGAGAGCAGGCUGGGGGAGAUGCUACUGAGAACUUUGAAGAUGUUGGCCACUCCACAGAUGCAAGGGGACUGUCAGAGACAUUUAUUAUUGGGGAGCUUCAUCCGGAUGAUAGAUGGAAGCUUCAGAAACCAGCAGAAACUCUUAUUACCACUGUGCAGUCUGAUUCCAGUUCGUGGUCCAACUGGGUGAUCCCAGCAGUAGCAGCAAUUAUUGUGGCUCUGAUGUAUCGUUCCUACAUAUCGGAGUAAGCGCCUCAAGGAAAGCUAAUGCCAGAAGAGACUGACUCUGGAAAGAACAUAAGCAAGCCUCACCCACUACAUUUCUGAAAAAACCUGAUGUCUGAAGAAAAAUUCAUCUUUCUCAGAAAACUGAACAAUUCUUUUCUACUGUGCACUUUUCUGAAUGUUGCCUUCUUACUUGCUAUUCUUAAGUGAUUAAAAGGCAUCAUCUUUUUUAUAACAAUUUUAUUCUCUAAUGAAUUGAUAACUGUAUUCAUCUCUGUGCUAGAAUAUUUUGUAUGUAAUACCAUGAUUCUGGUUAUUUCUUUUUAAUCUGUAAUGGGUUUGUAGAACUUUUUUGCGUAUCAAUUACAGCUUUAAAUGACUACCAAAACCUUAUGUACAUUCGUCCAUGC